AUGUAAACUUCAAUUUGGUCUCGUCUCCUACUGCCGCCUCUUUCUCUCUCUUCUCCCCCAACAUUUCCUCUGCCAAUCCCUGGACUUUUUGCUCCCCCUUUUUUAAUUAGGUUUUCAUUGCUUUCUUAAUACUGUAUUCCGCACUCUUCACUAUUCAAGAUAAACACUGCUACCAAGCAAGAGAAAGAUGCAGCAACAGCAACAUCAACAGCAGCAGCAACUACAGCAGCAACAACAAAUGUUCAACAUCCCGGCUUCGCAACCCACAAUCAUCAUUUCCACCGAACAAAUUCAAAAGUAUCUUGAUGAGAACAAGCAGCUGAUUUUGGCAAUUAUGGAAAGUCAGAACAUGGGGAAAAUCAAUGAAUGUGCCCAGUAUCAAGCUCAGCUACAGAAAAACUUAAUGUACUUGGCUGCCAUUGCUGAUGCUCAACCACCAGCAUCAACAGGACCUUCUCAGCCUCAGAUUCCCAUGCAAUCGUCCAUUCCUCAAGGCCCGUUCAUGCCACCUCCUAAAUCUGCAGCUAGUCCGCAGCAGCAAACAGGUCCCAGAAUGCCCUUUGUCCUGCAAUCGUUUGAUCAACAGUCACCCCAAAUGCAAUACCAACAGUCUAUGUCAGGUUCGAUGGGGAUGAGAAUGGGAGGUAACAAUGGUUUACGCCCUGCUGCUGUCCACACUGGAUUCGGAGGUCCGACACAUGUGAUGGAUUCACGCAACAGACAACAAGAUGGUUCUGAAGCCGGUCCUGGUGAUGAUCAUGGGAAGUGAUCCGGUAAGGUGGGCCCCGAGAGGGUCGUGGGACCCACUGGUUUUGACCCGGCAGGUGACGCUGGGUUAAAAUAGGUGAAUUUGGUAUUGUUUUUGCCAAGUUCAAUAAUUUUGCAUAGAAGGGUUUGCUGUGUACGUCAGGCAAUUGCAGGCGGUUACGCCUGUAUUAGGAGAGAUGGGUUAGAUGGUAAUGUGUCAAUGCUAGAUAUAUUUAAAGAAUCAAAGAUGGUUUGUGGUUGUCCUUUGGUAUGUUGCAGCCAGAACAAACAUUUCAUGUAUGCGUAACGAUAUAUUGUUCAUAGACUCACUUCACAGUUAAAUGAUGUUGGUAAUUAGUGA